GACUCCAGUUCUCUCAGACCUCAGUCUCGAGGCGACAGCUGGACCAGGAGGUUCUCAAGGAAUCGCGGGAGAGGAAAUUCAGUGUUUGCGUUGUUGUUGUUUUAGUGUGAUUCUGUGCCUGCAAAAUCGUCUCGGAACUUCAGUGAUCAAAAGGUAACCGAAGUCUGCCUCCCCUCGGCAAAGAGUUAUAAGAAGCCCAAGAACUAAAAGGUCUGUCAGAAAAACCAGACGAAACACAUCCACAUAAGGAGCGGGUUUCUUGAGCCAACGUGGACCGAAGAAUCAAGAAAAAUCUAAGAAAGUGGGCGGAAACCAUUACCAAAUAAUAUCCAAAAAGUUUCGUUAUCUUCAAAGAUUAAGUGCAGCCAAUGAAAACCUUCCCUCUGGUCAUAGUUCCGUUGGAAACUUAAGAAGUUAUUAAAAUAUUUAAUCCAUCCACUAGAAAUCUUGCAGUUAUUCAGCAAAACCAUUUCAACUGCUAAAUAAGAAUUAUAGUAGUUUCCGUCAAUCAAACCUUUCGUUUUCCUGAGAGCUAACCUCUUGACUCGGGUAAGAACACAACACAUACCAUGACCCACAGACAUUAAUAAGUGCCCAAUGCCCAACGACGUCUACGAGUCAGACUUGGCCGAAGGGCCACAGUCAAUCGAUCACAACGCCUCCUGGAGUUCGUCCAGCUCCAAUUCCUCGGGGGAAUCCACUUCGAUGAAAUGCGGCAAAUCGACAACCCUCACCGACAUAGCGGCGUUCCCAGAGUCGCAACCCUUAUUAAAGAAGGGCGUGAAACAGGCGCCAUCUUGCCAGUGUUGUGGUCAACCGAUAGGGGCGCCCACCAAAACGCAAAGACUAAAAGACCGCCUCGUCCUAGUGGUCAAGAACAUCACGGUGGAGCCUCUCAUGUUUCUCAACGUGAUGGCCUGGACGAUCCAGACAACACUCGUCACCAAUAUGGUUCUGGAAAAGGAAUGUGAGUACAAGUACAGAGAGACGGCCGCAGCCUGCCAAAACCUGACGGACCUACCUCUCAACGUGACGGCGGAUAUCCAGAAGACGGCCACGACGGUCAUGAUGGUGCAGGAGGUCGUGGCCAACCUCCCGGCCGUCCUCUACGUCUUGGUGCUGGGGACGUGGAGCGACAAGUACGGCAGGAAGCUGCCCAUGCUGCUGCCCUUCGUCGGGAGCUUCCUCGCUUCUCUCAUCUACAUGGCUAACGCGUACGCCUGGUGGCUUCCGGCCGAGUUGAUCAUCCUAGCCGGCAUCCCGCAGGGGCUGAGCGGAGGCCUCAUCACAUUGCUGAUGGCCACCUACGCUUACAUCUCCGACAUCUCCGAUCACCGGUCGAGGACGCUACGCAUGGCCUUCUUGGACUUCGUCAUGUUCAUCGGCAACCCCCUCGGCCUUUACCUCAGCAAUGUCAUUUUCAACAGGUUCGGCUACAAGGGCGUCUUCACGAUCAGCUCCGCCGCCUUCCUGCUGGGGCUCAUCUACAUCCUCAUCCGCAUCGAGGACUCCCGGGGCCCCUGGGCGGGCGAAAACCAGAUGCUGAAGGAUCUCUUCGACCUGUCCAAGAUUAGGAAGUCUCUGGCGAUCGCCGUCAGGAAGAGAGAGGACCACCGCAGGGCCAAGAUCUUCUCUCUCAUGGCGGCCAUGUGUCUCCUGCUCUUCGUCUUGGGGGGCCAUCAACUAAAAUACCUCUACACCAAGGCUAAAUUUAACUGGACUUACGAGCAGUUUGUAAACCUCAGCAUUUACGACAUCGUCUUUGGAAGCGUUGGAACCUCGCUGAUCCUACCAGUCUUAAGUUACAAGCUCGGGAUGCCCGACGUGGCCCUUGGGCUGAUAGGAUGCAUCAGCAAGACGAUUGGCCUGUUGUUGAUCGCGAUCAGUCCUGUGCCCUGGUUCUUGUAUCUGGCUGCCACGCUGUCCUUCAUGGCUGGUCUACCGCUAAUCGUGACGAGAGCAGUGAUCAGCAAGCUGGUGCCAGGAGAGGAAGUGGGCGCCAUCUUCUCUCUUCUGGCAUCGUGGGAGGCCACAGUGCCUCUCGUCUCCGCCCCAGUCUACACCUUCGUCUACAACGCCACUGUCGCCACCUUCCCGGGAACCAUAUAUUUUGUCAGCGUUGCGGCCACAGUUGUAUCUCUGCUCAUUUAUUUAUUCAACUCGCUGGUCCGGAGCGAGAGAGGCAGCUACGCAGCCAUCUGACCACACACUGAGACAUCCCCGAAUAAAGGUCAGCGUGUUCGUCAGCAAAUAUCUCGAUAAACUCGAUAAAGGGUUUGUCAACUAGUUUGGCGCGCAAUACGUCGUGAUAUGAAUAUCCCGUUACAUUAAAUAUAUAAAAUUAUUACCUCUGUAAAUAGCAGUAAUUUUAAUAAUUUUAAUAAAGUUAUACAA